AACAUGUCCCGAGUUUAAACGUUUAAUUGCAAAUCAAUGUUCACUUUAAAUGUUUGUUGCGUAUAACAUUCGCAUAAAAUUGAGGUAUGUAAAUAGAAUGAAGCUUGGGUUCGCUUUUUUGAGAGAAAUGUUUCGGGUGACCGUACGCAAUCGACUGUUUUUCUCACGCCACACAUCUAUUUUCUCACGCAGGAUCGCACCCGCCAUUUUUUUCUGUGGUGUGUUAUAAAAUGUGUGAUAAAAAUGCCUAAAAACUGGAAUUUUUCGAUGAUGCAAAGUUUUUCCUCAGUGGUCUAGCAGUGGACCUCAAUGCUAAAAUAAGUUGGCCAUUGGCUGGCCAAUCAAAUGUAAGGAGGCGGGAGUUUGUUAAGGGGACCAAUCAGAUCAAAGAAGACAGCCAAGGUUCGAGUGCAACGCACGACUCUUAAAAUUCAAUAUUUUCCAGCUUUUAAUAAUAUAAAUGUUUAGUGGUAAUAUCCAAUUUACGUGACUCAUGUAACGUACACACACAUACGUCAUUAUUUCUGGUUUUAUUUCAGAAAGGCAACCGUUACAUUUCACGCUGACCUCAAAAGUUGGCAUCCCUUUGGGGUUUGUUUAAAUUUCUCACCAACACCAGUACAAGAGAAGAGGAGCUGCUUUCAUUCAUCUGUCAGCCUUAAAACUAUGUGUGUCAGCAGGAUUAAAGCUGUACUGAUGUGCUCAACACUUUGACAUCUGAUCUUCUGAAACGUCAAAGGCACAUCUGUCACCGUUCACAGUUGAUGUAAAUGUCUCUCGCUGAGGGCCUCGUCUCAUGUCACACACGCUCCUGGGGUCCCUGAACCCCCCUGACAGCAAGAACCACGGACUCAGACGCAGCUCUUGAGUCACCCACUCCUGCCGGAGGUCAGCUGGGCGCAGGAGGCGGUGGUUCUCCGUUCUAUCGUGAGCUGUGGUUUAUUGUGCUCAUGGCUGGGGUCGGACUGCUGCUGUUUGCUCUGAUUCUGGCCGUCAUUUUACAUAAGACUCUCAACAAAUCAGCGUUCACCAGAGAACGGCCUCCUCUCGUAGCCCUGCCGCUGCACCGCCAAACCCCGCUGGCCAAAUACCCGCCCAGCAACUCCUACCUGUUUGACAUGGUUCCAGAUACAGUGGGUGCUUCAAACAGUGUCACGUUGAAGGCAUUCACCAUGCACAUGGAGGAGGUGAUUGAGGAGAAAGUGAUGAAGGGAGAUGUUUCUCCUGAGGGUGAGACGGGUUUGGUGACCGUCUCAGGUCUGUACACACAGAACCUGUUACAGCGCAGCGUCAGUCAACUGAUGGACAGUAAAGAUCAGGAUCCAUGGGAGCCGCAUUUCAGACGCCUGGACAGCGGCCUGUUCGAAGGUGAGGAGUUUGUGGACAGCAUCAAAGGCUUCAGUACAGUAAGGAAAGAACACACAAUGUUUACCGACACCAACCUUUGACCUUCAUCAUGAUCCUUCACAUCUGACGUGGAGAAUCAACAUUUUCCUGAACAAUUUCAAUUAACAUGGAUCUGAUCUGGGAUUCAUAUUUCUAUUGACUCGGACACUUGCGAUGUGUCCCUAACAGACACACACACACACACACAAACACACAAAAGAUGAAAACUGGAUUAUACAAUGAAAAGAUUAAAACAACUUGACUGCGCUAUGAAAACAGAUAACUCGAUGAAGUCUGGUUGGAUUAUAACAAAAUAAAGAAAUUAAUUUUGUUUUUAAUUUGUACAUUGAUGAUUUUUUAUAGCAGUCAAUGUGGUGUUUGAUGGCAAAUGUAAUAUUGUGUGGUUUUUGGAUCUUUGUCAUCUCUGUUGUCAAAAAAUUAAUUACAUGUUAUUUCAACCUCAUUUCAAUCUUAACAUUUAUUCAGUGUUUUUAUUUUCACCCAUAUGAUCGAAAAAACAACGUUUUAAUAAAUGUGAUUUGAC